AGUUUUGUAAAAUAAUAAUAAUUAUUAUUAUUUUAUUAAUAAUAACAAUUAUAAUAAUAUAAUCAGAUGGAAAAGAAGAAGAAAAAGAAUACUUUAUUUUUUAAUGUUUCUCAUUGAAUAGUUGCUGUAAUUCACUCCAUCAAUUACCAAUAGCCGAUUUUUUUUUCAAGAAGUGUAAUUAUAAAACAGAAAAUACACAGCAGGGGUCGCUGUCCAAGUCUUAAGUGUGCUUUUCGUCCUUCCAAUGUGUAACUAAACAACUAUUGGUGCAGUUUGUUUGUUUGUCAUUUGAACAAUUUAACCAUUAGAUAAUUGAGCCCAAAUUUUUACACAACGCUGUAAAGUAAAAUUUAGAUGUGUAAAGGAUACUAUAGUUGUUAAUUUAACAGAAAACACUUAUUUCAGCCACACUAUUUACGGAGUUAAGAAUCAGGGUUCUUUGAGGGUCAUGCAGAUUUUAAACCUAUGAUCCUAUGAUUAAUAGUUCAUUUCUUUUGCCUCCGCAAUGAAUGCAGGUCACUUUAUUUGGCCUGGAAACUUUCUCCGCACCAUUCUCCGCUGCGAUACUGCAGCGAGGGAGAGAGAGGAGGGGGUGAUGGGAGGGGUUGCUCCAAUUUUACGCGACCUCUCUCCACUACAGCUGGCUGGAACAGCCUAAGCUGGAAGUGAAAGAAAGCGAAAGGGACAUGCAUCCGUAGACAGAAGACAGACGGCUGCAUCGGAGACGCACGAAAUGAUGGAAUGACACCUCUGAAAAUCUCAUUUUCUAUUACGUCGCCGAGGCGCCUUCUGGUUCUACGCCAUCCAGCAAGUGGGACUCGACGAUAAAUCCAGAAAGGCGCGGUAAUGGCACUCGUGAUGGAACCUAUAAGUAAAUGGACGCGCAAGCAAGUUCUCGACUGGAUGAAAGGCUUGGAUGACUGCCUCCAACAGUACAUUAAGAACUUUGAAAGGGAGAAGAUAUGUGGUGAACAACUCCUCCAUAUCACACACCAGGAACUAGAAGAGCUUGGUGUCACACGUAUUGGCCAUCAAGAACUUAUACUUGAGGCUGUGGAUCUAUUGAGUGCACUGAACUAUGGGUUAGAAACAGAAAACCUGCGGACACUAUCCCACAAGUUAAGUGCCUCAGCAAAGAACCUGCAAAUCUACAUCAUCAGUCGACGCAGAGGAGGUCACUAUGAUGGAAGGGCCUCACGACGUUUGCCGAAUGACUUCCUCACCUCAGUAGUAGACCUAAUAGGAGCUGCAAAAACCUUGUUAGCCUGGCUUGAUAGGUCACCUUUUGUCAAUGUGACAGAGUACUCAUUGCUGAAAAACAAUAUUGUUCAGUUGUGCUUGGAGUUAACCACAAUUGUCCAACAAGAUUGCACAGUAUUUGAGACUGAAAACAAGAUCCUUCAUGUGUGCAAAACAUUGUCUGGAAUAUGUGACCACAUCAUAUCACUGUCUUCAGACUCACUUGUGUCUCAAUCAGCUCAUUUGGAAGUUGUCCACCUUACCAACAUCAUGCCCAGUGAAGGCCUGGGAAUGUACAUCAAGUCAACAUAUGAUGGGCUUCAUGUGAUCACAGGUAUGACAGAAAACUCCCCUGCUGACCAUUGCAAGAAGAUCCAUGCUGGGGAUGAGGUCAUCCAAGUCAAUCAGCAGACUGUAGUGGGGUGGCAGCUGAAGAACUUGGUCAACACAUUGCGUGAGGAUCCAAAUUGUGUCAACCUUACGCUGAAGAAGAGGCCACAGAACAUUUUCAAUUCCACCCCAGCUCUGGUCAAAAACCUACAAUGGAAGCCUCUUUCCCUCCAGACUAUCCCCAACAGUCUUAAUUGUGACUCCACAAAUCCAAGUAGCACAAUGCAUUGUGUCAGAGAUGAGAGUGGCAUCGCAUCUUGUGAUGACAUCAAGUAUAAAAUGAACAAGUCCAGUUCCAGUAAGUGCCCAGAGUCACUUAACUAUUACUUUGACCAGGAGAGUUGCAAAUAUUAUUCUCUAAUGGAUGGCAAUGGGGCACCAAUUGGACUACAGCAUGACAGAAGCCGAUCUGUAGGUGUAAGAAGAAGAGACAAAACCUUAAAUAAUUCCGAUACAUCCCUUCUUCGCUACAUGAGAGAUGACAAGGUCUUAUUCCACCAGAAGGAGCCACAAAUGCCACUGGAAAACAAGCUAAACACUAGUCACCAUACCAGCAAGAAGAGCAAAAAUCCAAACAGUACCAACUUUCACAUUAGCCCCUCACUACUAUCUUCUUCUUCUUCUUCUUUGAGACUAGAUGCAUCACCCAACAGCCUACCAGAACAUAACACUGCACAACUAUACCAUCAACAAAGAGCUGGUGAAACAAUGCAAAAGAAACCAAAGAGGUUUCCAGGAUCUAGAACUGACAUACAUGGAGUUGCAUCAACGUCAACGUCAUUUCACUAUACAUCAUCAAGAACAAAAGCAAAAAAGGAAGCAAAAGUGACCAGUGGCAGUCGUAGAAAAAUCUCCUGUAAAGAUCUAGGCCAUGGUGACUGUGAGGGCUGGUUGUGGAAGAAGAAAGAUGGUAAAGGCUAUUUUACUCAAAAGUGGAAGAAAUACUGGUUUAUACUGAAAGAUUCAUCUCUCUACUGGUACACCAACCAAAAUCUGCUCCUGUUAGGGGUUGCCAUAGUGGAUCAUCCUUCUCCAUACCACCCUGUACUCUACAGCUGCCGCUUUCAAAUUACCCACCUGCAUGUCAUCCCUCAUCACAUCCAUAAACCUACAUUUCUAGAUGAGAAGGCAGAGGGCUUCAUCAGCUUGGCUGAGUUCCGAAUUGAUAGGGCAACAGAGUGCAGACGGAAAUUUGCCUUCAAAGCUUGUCACACCAAAAUUAAGAGCUUCUUCUUUGCUACAGAAUGUUUGGAGGAAAUGAACAGAUGGAUGAACAGAUUGGGGUUGGCAGCUAUUGGUUAUUCGCCUAAUAUCAAAGUUCCACAGGUGGAUGAGGAUUACUGGAGUGAAAGUGAUUAUGACGAUAUAGAUUCUUCCAUGACUCUCAAGAAGGAAGGAACAUCUUCCGAUUCUGACAACUAUUAUCAGACAUCCACAAUCAAGUCUUCUAACCUUGUUCCAGAGCCAAAUCAUGUGCACCAUUUGUCCAGUGAAUCCACAUAUUCCCACUCUUCAGCGGCAGACUCGAGUGGAGGUGGAGAUGGAGGAGCAUCAAGUAACACCCAUUCAUCAAGCUGCCACUCUGGCCAUCCUGAGCGGCGCUCAUGGCAGGACCUGAUUGAGACACCACUGACAAGCUCAGGCCUGCAUUUUCUACAGACAGAUAGUGAUAGAAGUUUUAAUGGGGCAGUUGGGUCUGUGCUACUAUCUUCUGAACACAGGAGACAAGCCACCCUUCCCGCACGCAGGCAGCACUUAGACUGCAAUGGACCUUUCCCUCUGGACAAAGUAAUGCAGGCAUAUUGUAUAACCCAAAAGCAACGUAGCCAGAGCCUCCCACGGCAUCAUGAGAUGGUAGCCAGGAGUGUACCAAGGGGCUUUGAAAAGAAAGAUGAAAAAAUUAUGGAUGAGAUUUCUGUUAAAAACAGCAAGAUCACCAAUGAUGAAAAUGAAUGUCAUGAUGGGAAAGAGGUAGAUGGACUUGAAGAGCUGUACUGUAGUUUAGUGAAGGCCAACCUCUCUGUCCUUGGUAACUUUCAACCUGCUACCAAGCAGGAGCUACGCCACCUCUUCCUCAAACGCUGCAGAGAUCCCCUAAUGAACAACAAAUUGCACCAUGUACGGGUUCUUAAAAGCACACUUAAGGCAAAAAUGGAUGAGUUAGCUAUUAUUGAUCAACUCCUGGAGGGCCCUGGCCUCACAGCAAAAAUGUUUUGUCAGUGGAAACGGUGCCAUUAUGAGCUUUUUCUGGAUAUCUGCAAGUUGACCUCAGGCAACAAUGGGGCAGCUGAGUUUUUACCAUUGGCUGCCCCUCUCUUGAUGCACUCACACUCUUUCAUUGAGACGCAUGUGUGAUAUAAAGGCCAACCUAAGUUAAGAAAAGGCCUUAGGUCUUACAGAUUACUUGCAGUUAUACUGAAGCAACUGACCAUUUAAGCAAUUUAAUGUGUAAACAAGAUGAAAAGCUGAAUACAAAUAUUUUUUUAAAUGGCAGCAUUGCUACAAGGUGCCUAUAGCAUGUCAAUCAUGAACGCAUUCUUUUCUAAAACACUAAAACUAUGAAUUUCUUUUUAUUAUGAUAAUCAAUACAUAGUGUUUUCUUUUGGUUUUGGUUGAUUUAGUAGUCAGUUGCUGGAAGGGAAGUAUAUAGUAAGAUAGUUACUAUUUCUUCCACAUCACUGUACUUUUUGUAGUUUGUGCUAAUAAACUUAUGAUACUCUUUUCAUUUAUAUUGCUGAAUAUGAAUAAUGAUAAAUAAUGAAAAAUAGAAAUAUUAAACGGUUGUUGUGAACAUGACACACAUCAAUGGGAGCUUUUCACUGGAAUUUUUAAAAUAAAGUAGACACUAUUUAGUGGAUGCAUUACUUCAAAUCAGAAACAGAGCUUUAUGUAUGCUCAAAAGUAGCCACUGUUUUAACUGUGAUUUAUCCUUGUAAAUGCAAACUUUUGAUUACAUGCAUACAGAAUGUAUAACAGAUUUUGCUUGGUUAAUUGUUGUUAAAAAAAGUGUGGAUGAUAACUAGAUUUUUGCAUUUAGAAAGAUUUCUAGACUGUGUUUCAGUUAAUAUCAUUGAUUGUUUUGUUUGAUAUGCAUUGUUAAUGUCACAAACUGUGCUGCAUAAGCACGUAUAAGCACAUUACAGUAUAAAGAUGGUAUGAAAAUAUUUUUAUUAUACAUUGAUACAAAAGUAGUAAAACAUUGUGUUACUACAUCACAGGAUAUUAAACUGAUCAGCAAAGAAUGGUGCAUAAAAAGGCACUUUAUUAUAAAGUAGUAAGAUAAUGUAUUAUUUUCUAGCAAAUCAAAGCAGUUCUGGCAUAUAUUUAUAUACAGUAUUAUAUCUGGUCAAUACCAACAUUCAUUGUUAAUUAGUUAAACUGAGUUUGCUGUCACAAAAGAAAAUGUAUUCUGCAAAUGUUAAAUAUAUGCAAAUAUGAACAGGCACAUUGACCAGGAAAAAUUAUUUGAGGUCAAUCUAAUCAUAUUUUCUUAAAAUAUUCAAAUGUUGUUUUUUUUUUUCUUUUUCUCUAAGUAAUGGUCUCAGAGAGAAGUACUGAUUCAGUGCAUGUGGAAUAAUUAAAUCGGUAUUUCUUUAUUUAUUUUUGCUGACCAAAUUAGGUGAAUUAAUGAAUCAGAUAAAAAGCAUUAAUUUGCUUUAUAUAAAUGUGAUGUAACCCAAAAAUAUUCUAAAUAUAUGAUAUUAUGUGAUAUACCUUGUAAUAGUACUAAAUGAAUAAUUCUGGGUUAUGCAACAUAAAAAUGUCAGAAUAUGUUUGUUUACUUCUGCCAGGCCAAGAGGGCACAUCUAUAUUUUGUCUUUAAUAAACUUCUUUUCUUGCCAUUUUUUAUUUUAUAUAUUUGCUUCACUGUGUUAAAGAAAAUGGCAUUUAGAUUUUAUUUAUUUAUUUUAAUUUUUUGAUGUUUUAAUGAUUAAUAUUAAAUAUAAUUUUGAUUGUAGCUUUAAAACAAUGUAAUAUUAAUUUGUUAUAAUACUGCAUUAAUACCAGCUUAAUCAAUAUAAGUAUGUGUAUGUAAUUUUUUGUAUUUAUUUUUUAUAUAUUUGUAUUUGUUUGUUUGUAUAUGAAAGAUCUGCUUUAGAACAUCUGCUACUUUCAUUUACACAUUUAUAAUUAUAGAUCAAUCUAAGGUCAGUAAGAUUGGACUUUACUGUAUGUUCUUUUAGGGAGUGUACUCCUUAUGGAACACUGCACAGGUGUGUAAGACGUAAGUUGCACUGCGACAUUAAAAAAAGGAACAUAUUGCUCUUUUUCAAGAAAAAUUACUACAAGCCAAGGGUUCUCUUUCUUUCCUCUCUCUCUCUCUCUCUCUCUCUCUCUCUCUCUCUCUCUCUCUCUCU